CAUCCCUCUCUGUUGAGCGUCGAAGCUUUGAGUUGAGUUAUAGAUGUCUGCUGGAAUUUCUUCUCCCCUCAUCCAUUUUACUGUUUAAUCGAUGAGGAUGACAGAGUGCAGGUGCAGCCGCGACGUGUGUUAGAGCCAACAGGGACGGCUGCGUGGUGCACUAGGACCGGGGAGAGACUGCUCUCAUCGUGAGCGUUGCAACUACAGAGCGGAGCUGUGAAGGAAACCCCCAAUUGGAUCUGGCGAUUAUAUCCAUACAUUUCUCUUUUUUUUUUCUCCCCACAUCUCCACCGCGGCGCGGCUGAGUGAGGAUCGCACCACCGAGAGCGUUUGGGAUGGUCAAGCACCCACAGGAGAGGAUUAGUAACUGAGCGCGAUUUGCGUCAAAGUCAGCUGUCAGAUAUUUUGGAGGGAGGCUGUCAUUUGGCAGCUUCACCCAAACUCGUUUUGUCUUAUCAUGUUUCACGGGGUUCAGUAGUAGAGUCUUCUCCCUAACCCGGCAUCCCUUUUAUUUCCAGCGCGCAAAGUCACAUCUGCGAAGGAGAGAGCUUGGCGCACUUCUUGCCCACAGGACAGAAACAAAAUCUACAUCCUUGUGUUUGGAAUUAAUCAGGACGAUUGGCUGAAUGGGUGACCUCGCUGAAACACAGAACAUCCCCAGCUUGCACCCACUGUGUGGAAAGGUUUUCCUCUCUAUUGACCAGGAGUUGUGAUGUCCAAAGCCUUCCCUACUGACUGACCCACGGCGUCGUACGAUUUUGGAAUCGAGUUGUAGGAACUCAAUCAUGGAGAAGCCCUCUGCAGUGCAGUCUCGUACAGCGGGCCGCCGGGCUCACUGAAGCUCACUCAGGAGAGGAUUUAGAUAAAGGUGUAAGCGAAGCGGCAGCUUUCCCUGAAGGCAGUCUACCAGCUGUGAGGACAGGGGAGGAAGAUGAGACCUCCCAGCCCUCUCCUGAUCCUGCUGUACUUCACCCUAUCCAAGAGUGUUAAGGUGGUCUCAAAAAGGGGCUCAGUGGACGGCUGCACAGACUGGUCAGUGGACUACCUAAAGUACCGGGUGCUACAGGGUGAGCCAGUGCGGCUUAAGUGUGCUUUGUUCUAUGGUUACAUCCGGGCCAACUACAGCCAGGCACAGAGUGUGGGCCUCAGCCUCAUGUGGUACCGCAGCUCUGGCCUUGGCCACAGCGACUUUGAAGAACCAAUUUCUUUUGACGGUGUGCGCAUGAGCAAGGAAGAAGACGCCAUUUGGUUUAGACCUGCUGACCUUCAGGACGUGGGCCUCUACUCCUGUGUGUUACGAAACUCUACGUACUGCAUGAAGGUGUCCAUGUCUCUGACCGUGGCUGAAAACGACACAAACCUUUGUUACAACUCCAACAUGAGAAGAACUGAGAAGGCUGAGCUCAGUAAGAGUAAAGAUAUCCUCUGCCCUGACAUAGAUGACUACGUUGAACCUGGAAAAGAUCCCGACAUCACGUGGUACAAGGAGUGUCAUCCCAAGCAGUGGCGGGCCAGCAUUAUCCAAAAGAGAGACAUUUUGUCCAUCCAAGAAGUGAAAGAAGAUGACAUUGGGAAUUAUACCUGCGCAGUUCAGUUUGGUGGCUUUGUUGUCAGGAGGACGACUGAACUCACUGUUACUGCUCCUUUGACCGACAAGCCGCCAAAGAUCCUGUUUCCCACGGAAAACAAGAUUAGCAACAUGGAGCUGCAGCUAGGAAGUGCUUUGAACAUCACUUGCCGAGCAUUUUUUGGCUACAGUGGCGACGUCAGCCCGCUCAUCUACUGGAUGAAGGGGGAGAAGUUCAUAGAAGACCUGGAUGAAGAGAGAGUCCAGGAGAGCGACAUCAAGGUUGUCAAGGAGCAUCUUGGUGAACAAGAAGUAGCGAUUUCCUUGACGAUUGACUCUCUGGAGGAAGAGGACUUGGGAAAUUAUUCCUGUUAUGUGGAAAAUGGUAACGGCCGUCACCAAGCCACCAUCCAGCUUUUCAGGCGGGCAGAGCUCAUGUACACCGUGGAGCUGGCAGGAGGGCUGGGAGCGAUCCUGCUGCUUCUCAUCUUUCUCAUCUCCCUCUACAAAUGCUACAAGAUUGAACUCAUGCUUUUCUAUAGGAGGCACUUUGGCAGCGAGGACGUGGAUGGAGAGAACAAAGACUAUGAUGCAUAUUUGUCCUACACCAAAGUGGAUCCUGACCAGUGGAGUCAGGAGACCAGGGAAGAGGAGCGAUUUGCCCUGGAGAUCCUCCCUGAUGUCCUAGAGAAACAUUAUGGCUACAAACUUUUCAUCCCAGAUCGAGACCUCAUUCCAACAGGAAGUCUCACCAAUGAGCAUUUCCAGGAUGACACACGACUCUUCGGAGCCUACAUAGAGGAUGUGGCACGCUGUGUAGACCAGAGCAAGCGCCUCAUUAUAGUCAUGACACCCAAUUACGUAGUACGCCGAGGUUGGAGCAUCUUUGAGCUGGAGACACGGCUGCGUAACAUGCUGGUGACUGGUGAGAUCAAAGUCAUCCUGAUCGAGUGUGCUGAGUUGCGUGGCAUCAUGAACUACCAGGAAGUGGAAGCUCUCAAACACACCAUCAAAACCCUCACCGUCAUCAAGUGGCGCGGCCCCAAAAGCAACAAGCUCACCUCCAAGUUCUGGAAGCAGCUGCAGUACGAGAUGCCGUUCAGGCGCACGGAGCCCAUGCUCACCCAUGAGCCGGCGCUGGACGUCAGCGAGCAGGGCCCUUUCGGUGAGCUGCAGACCGUCUCCGCCAUCUCAAUGGCAGCAGCCACCUCCACCGCCAUGGCCACCGCCCACCCAGAGCUACGCUCCUCGUUCCACAACACCUACCACACCACCAUGAGGCAGAAACACUACUACCGCAGCUACGAGUAUGACAUACCCCCAGGCGGGACUCUGCCACCUCUCUCCUCUCUGGGGAAUCAGCACACCUACUGCAACAUCCCACUGACACUGCUGAACGGUCAGAGGCCUCCCGGAAAGAGCCGAGAGCACAGCCUGGAGGAGGCUCACGCUAACAAUGCCAUGCUCCCUCUGCUGCCAAGAGAAACCAGCAUCUCCAGCGUCAUCUGGUAGUGAUGAGCAGCCUUGUGUCAACUUUAGGAUGAUCAAUGAGCCUCAGACAUGACUAGGCUCCGUCUGGUAGUUCUUAGGAACACAGGUAGAGGUCGUGGUUAUGGCGAAAAGUGUUUUAAAUCCAUUCGGCUUCAGCCGUUGAUAACUGACAGCAAGUGACGGAGGUGCAGGAGGAUGGUGGACACAGUUUACCUUGUUUUUCAAAUGCACUCUAUCUCUUUUACAGAGGAUGUUUUCUAUAUGGAAGUAAGUGGGACGUAACAAAGGCACUGUUUUAUCGACUAACGAGAAAUGGACUCGCAGGACCUCCACAUCAACAAAUUAACACUCUAUGGCAAUUGUGCACACACAUGCAUUCACAUUCAGAUAAAAUUGUGCAUACAUACAAACAAAAGGAAAACAGGGUCUGUACAUAUAUUUCAAUUUAUUUGUAGCAUCAGUGUUUUCCUGUUUUUGUUUUUUUUGUCCAUUUUAUUCAAUCAUGUCUGUUGCCUUCUCAACUGUAGGACUUUGCUUUAACUUGUUAUACAGGGAUGUAUAUUUUGCAUUCUUUUCCCUUUUCAGUUUUUUCUUUUUUUUUCCUUUGUUCUUACUUUAAUAUGCUUGAUUGGAAAGCCAGUAUGUCACGUACCUGCGCUGUUGUAUUGUUUUGUUUGUUUUAAAAUCUUUGUGUAGUUUAAGAGAACAUUUUUUAAAAACCUUUUGGAACAGCCUGGACAUUGCAGGAGCUGUGAAGAGCUGAAACUUGUUUUUGUUUACCUGUAUAAGGUGUAUCUAGUUUAAAAGGAAACUCUUUUGAAAAAAAAAAAAAAAAAACAUAGAAUAUGCAAAAAGAAGGAGAAGAUAUACCACUCUGAGGGGCCGAGACAGAGGAGGGAUUGGGGAGCAGUGCUAGCCCCCUCCAAUCAGACAGACCGACAGACUGGCAGAUCUCUCUCUAAAGCUUCAUUUUUUUCUAUUGAAACAAACAGCCUUGCUGUUUUAGAGUGAUAGUGAAAUGCCUCACCUUAAAAAGAAAUCUGUAGAUUAUUUUAAAAAGAAAUCUAUUUUUGUAACAGAAAAGAGUUUGCUUGAGAGAUCAUACUUAUUUGCAUUUCAUCUUCCAUAGAAAGAGGAUUUGUGUAUAAGUGUUUUGCUGGUUUUGUACACUUGCAACACGGUUCCAGGUUUGUUAAGAGAUUAAGGUGGUUUUUGAAUCCCACGCGACACAACACGUCCUCUACUGGUUACUGAUUCAAAAAUGAGAAACAUUUUUAAUGUUUUAAUUUUUAAAGCAUAAUAUUAUUCACAUGCUGAUAAUUCAUUUGGUUCGUAUGGACAGUUCAUGUUUAAGGAAAGAAAAGAAAACAUUUGUGUUUUGAAAGACUUUUUAAAUAUAUUUGAAGGUGUGAUUUUUGAGUAUGCAUAGCAAAUAGAUAUGUAUUCUAUAUAUAAUAUAGAUAUUUAUAUAAAUAUAUAAACACAAUUUUCACUUGGAAAGAAAUGUCUAUCUUUAUAGAAACACAAUCAUUAUCAGUUGCCCUUACUUUCUCACUGCACAUUAAAAAGCAUUGAUUUCC